GUAUACCAUUGUAAUAUUUAUAACAUGGCACAGUGGGCCGAAAAAUUCAAAAAGCGGCCAUAAAUCGAUUUCGAUGAAAGUAUUAGUCUGGCUUUCAGAAUUUGUAGGUACUCCGAGAAAUAGAUAAAUAAUGUUUUCCUAGAAUUUGAAGCAGGUAGAAGGCAUAUUGCGGCAGCCAUCGGUUCUCAAAACCAGACUUUUGUGUUAGGAUCAUUUCUUUGCGAACAUUCAUUUAGUGUACUACUAAAUGUCAACUAGUGAAUGUGUGUUAUAAAGUGUCUGACUCAAGUGGUUAAUUGUACAGAAAACUUUCUCAAGGUAUGUAUUUUCAUGUUAUAUAAAUACUUAUGAAUCAAAGUUAAAUUAGUAUACAUAUAGAUAUAAUUACUAUGUAGUCGAUUUUAUUGAAAAUUUUAUAUUAUACUUUAAAAUUAUGUUGAGAUAUAACAUAUUUUCCGAUCCGAUCCGGCUUUGAAAAAAUAUUAAAAAAAUAGCUUGAUCAUUCCCUAAUAACAUACUAAAAUUUGAUAGGCGCCUUCAAGCGCCUUUUUGAGAUAUUUUGGUUUUGCUUAUCGAUAUGCAUGAACCAUAUCCAACGAAUGUAUUCUGUAACCAUAACAGCACAUUUUAUUUUGUUAUUUAAAAUGUAACACCUAGUAAUUUCUAUUUUCUUGUUGCGUUACUUUAUUUACCUUGAUAGAGAAUAUAGUUAAGUUUGUUCGUAAUGGUGGUUGUAAGUCUUAUUUCAUUUGCGUCUUCAAAAAAUUUUUUUUAUGUAAUGUUUUUCUAUAUUUUUCACAGUGAAAAUGGUCACCAGAAGGCAACUGUUUGACGUUUUGUAUGAAAAGGAUAAGUUACAACGUUCCAGUCGCACAGAAUAUCUGUUCAAGUAUUUGGUGAGACACUACAAAAUUGAAAAUGAUGCAGACGCCAUGUUAAAAAUGAGGAUUUUCACUUCAAAGUUUUGCAACGUCGUUUAUGCAAAGCUUGAUCAAUGUGGGAGAAAAACGGAUAGAUUUGUGAAAAAUAAUACAGCGUGGUUAAGUGUAUGUGUAUUUGAAGAAACUGGAUUAGAAAUUGAUCCGAAUGCUGAGCCACAACCAGGAACUUCAUCUGGAGGUAGGCGUGGUCGUCCAAGCAAAGAAUUUUCUGCGAGUAGUGUAAGAUCAAAACGUCGAAAGACUUCAAAGCUGUCAUCGACGUUCGAAACCGAGGAGCUUACUUUAGCUGCAAGGAGAAAACUAAAGACUGAAGGAAAAGACGAUGCCGCAAAACUUGUCUCUGAAGCACUUUUGACUCCGACUCGAGCCGGUAAAAUUAGGACAGCUUGGCAGAAAACUCAGAAGUCAAAAAAAAUAAUUCCACUCACCCCAGAUGAAGCGCUAUCAGUAAUGAUUGAAUCAAAAGAUACCAAACAUUCAUAUCUUGUUCACAGACGAAUAGCAAAAGAACAUUUUGCUGAUAUAUAUCCGUCUUAUCACAAGCUUCGAGAAGCAAAAUUACGCUGCUAUCCCCGAAAAGAAGGACAAACUGUAAGUGAGUCAUGUGCAGAAAUAUUAUUACAGGACCUCUUAGAUCAUACAGUUAAACGGAUAGUAGAAUUGCAAAAACCAGUUCUUCGUUCAUUAUCAACUGAACUUCUAAAGAAUUUGAAACUGUUGCUGAAAUGGGGAUGCGAUGGAAGCACCGGUCAUUCACAAUACAAGCAACUUUUCUCCGAUAAUAGUUUUGGUGAUGGCGAUUUAUUUCUUACAUCCAUAGUGCCAUUACAGUUAUAUGCGGAGCAACCUGGACAAGAUAAAAUUAUUGUGUGGCAAAAUCCCCGUCCAUCGUCAACUCGAUUUUGUAGACCUAUACGCUUUCAGUUUAAGAAAGAAACGAAAGAGCUGACGGUACAGGAGACAUCAUAUAUAGAAAAUCAAAUUUCAGAACUUCAACCCACUAUUGGUAUGCUGGAUAGUGAAGAAAUUGCAGUUUCUCAUGUUUGUGUGAUGACGAUGAUAGACGGCAAAGUGUGUAAUGCAAUAACGGAAACAGCUUCUUCACAAACAUGUUAUAUAUGUAAAGCAACCCCCAAACAAAUGAAUGACAUCGAAAAACUAUUAAAGAGGGAAGUUGUCCAAGAAAAUUUGAAAUUUGGAUUGUCAACUCUACAUGCCUGGAUCAGGUUUUUCGAAUGUUUGCUGCACAUUUCCUAUAGAUUAGAAGUUAAAGUUUGGCAAAUUCGAGGAAGUAACAACAGAGCAGUUUUUGAAAACAAGAAACGUACCAUACAACAAAUUUUCAGAGACAGAACAGGUUUGCUUGUGGAUAUACCUAAGAGUGGAGGUAGUGGAACUACUAAUGACGGCAACACAGCUCGACGAUUUUUUGCUGACCCCUCACUGUCUAGUGAAAUUACUGGCAUAGAUAAAGAUGUCAUUAUGCGAUUUGGUAUUAUAUUACGCACCUUAUCUUGUGGCUAUGCAAUCGAUGUGCGAGCUUUUGAAGAGUAUUGUUUGGAAACCGCAAAACUGUAUGUCGCUAAAUAUUCAUGGUAUUAUAUGCCUUCUAGCGUGCAUAAAAUAUUACUCCAUGGAGCCAUAGUAAUCAAGGAGGCUAUUCUGCCUAUUGGUCAAUUGUCAGAAGAAGCCCAAGAAUCAAGAAAUAAGGAUCUCAAAAGUUUUAGGGAGAAACAUACACGAAAAAUUUCGAGAAUAUCAGGAAAUCAAGAUUUGUUAAACAGGCUCCUUAUAACUUCAGAUCCAGUAAUUUCAUCUUUGCGGCAGUACCCACUCCGAAAAAGUUCAAACAUAUCUUCUGAAGUUGUAUCCUUGUUGAAGGCGCCCUCGUUAGAAUCAAUGGAAGCAGAUUCUCUUAGAGCUCUACAACUUAAUAUGGAAAGCCGCCAAGUUUCUUCAUCCGACGAGGAAGACGACAGCGCGAGCGACGUAGAUUUUUAGUGGUAAGCAUACUAUUGUAUUUACAAGGGCGGAUCUAAGGGGGCCCAGGGGCCCAUACCCCCCUUGGGAUUCACAUUUUGAACUGAUUAUAAAGUUAAAAAUUAAAUUUUAGUAUUUAAGUAUAUCAAAGUAAGUUAUAAGUAUAAUCUUUUAAGCACUAAUAUAUUAGAUUUUAAAUAGACUUUAUUUCAUGCCAUUUUUACCCCCUCCCUUGCUAGAUUUUUCUAUCGCUAUGCCCCCCCUUGAGACUUUUCUGGAUCCGCCCUUGUUUAUUUAUUUAGAAGCUAAUAAACUUGUUACAGAGCGGAAUUUUUAUUUUUAUACCUAUUACCAAACAUAUUUUGAUAAAUUUCUCUAAGUUUUUUCGAAUUUGUACCUAAAUAAUUUAUAAUCUUACUAUACUUAGUAACAAGUAACGUAUUUUACGGUAAUUCAUUUUAUUUUGUUAAUAUUUUUUAACCAUAUAAACAAUUAAUUGCAUAAAGAUCGAAAAGUCUACUCAAUGUAAUUAUUAACCUUAUGGCCCCCCUAAAAGUUACGCCUGGGUAGUUUAAUUUUUUUAUUAUUUUUUCCUUUAAAAGACUACAAUUUUAAAGCCCUUCAGCCCAUUUUCAGAUUUUUGACCGCUUUUUGCAUUUUCUGGCCCACU